AAGUCAAGAAAAAUAUUACUACAAAAAUUCACAAUUUACGAAACAAAUGACAAGUUUUUCAUUAUUGGAAGUAAUAAUAGAGAAACAAUGUUUAGAAUCUUAGAAAUCGAUUUAACUGGCCCAAUUGAUGAACUCAAUAUAAUGGAGACUUCUAAUUCCAAAUCAGCGGAUAAUUUAGGUCCUAAUGCUCCCAAAAAAAAGGGGUUUUUAAUUAAAAAAUUAUCUGGUUAUGGUUUACUUGGGUUUAUCAAGUUUACCAAAAAUUACUAUCUCCACGUAAUCACUGAAAGAUCAAAAAUUGGUGUUUUAGGAGGUCAUUUUAUUUAUAAAAUCGACAAUACUGAAUUAAUUCCCUUGGUUUCCUCGGAAAAAAAUUUGUUUUUAAAAUCAAAAUUUGAUAACAAUGAGGAUAAAAAAACAUUUGAAGACGAAAUAAAAUUUUUACAAAUUUUCAAAAAUUUCAAUUUAAAUUCAAAUUUUUAUUUCAGAAAUACCGAAAACGACAAUAAAAAUAAUCUCAACAAUACUAAAAAUAAUCCCAACAAUACAAAUAAAUCUCAAACCAACAAUACCAAUGAUAAUGAUAAUGAAGAUGAUUUUAUGGGUCAAUAUAACGAAAUGUUUGUAUGGAAUGCUUCGCUUCUAAAACCAAUUAUAAAAAUAUAUAAUCGCACUUUUGAUUGGUUUCAACCUAUUAUUUAUGGGUUUUUCAAUCAGUCAAAUAUCUCAAUUUUAAAUAAAAGACACUAUGUCACAAUAAUUGCUCGAAGAUCUCAUCACUUUGCGGGUGCAAGAUUUCUCAAAAGAGGUGUGAAUGAUAAAGGCCAUGUUGCCAAUGAAAUUGAAACAGAACAAAUUGUUUCAAAUAUGUUAACCACCUCAUUCAAUGAUAACUCCAAGGGAUUUUAUAUGAACCCAAACUAUACAUCAUUUGUCCAACAUCGAGGCAGUAUUCCAUUGUACUGGUCACAGGACAUUAUCUCCACUAAGACAAAUCUAAAUAAAAUUGCAAAACCCCCAAUUACAAUGAAAUUUGUUGAUCCAUAUUAUACAUCUUCAGCUUUGCAUUUUGACGAUCUAUUUAAAAGAUAUGGUCCCAAAGUACUAAUAUUAAAUCUUAUAAAGCAAAAAGAGAAAAUGCCUAGAGAAUCAAAAUUGGGCGAUGAGUUUGAGUCUUGCAUUGAUUUCUUAAACAAAGAUUUAUCAGAUGAAUAUAAAAUUGAUUAUGUUGCUUGGGAUAUGUCAAAGGCAUCAAAAGUUGAUGAUCAUGGGCAGAAUGUGCUAGAGUUUUUAGAAAAAUAUUCAGAUAAAGUUUUGAAGCAAACUGGAUUUUUUCAAAAUGGCUACAAGCUAGAUAAAAAAGAACAUGAUAACAUCCAAGUUGGAAUUUGUAGAACAAAUUGUGUUGAUUGUUUGGAUAGGACAAACGCUGCUCAAUUUGUAAUUGCUAAAAAGGCUUUGGGUUAUCAAUUGAAAUCCUUAGGUAUUAUUGAAAAUGUGUACUUGGAAUAUGAUUCUGAUGCUGUGAAUUUGUUAACGAGCAUUUAUCAUGAUCAUGGAAAUGUCAUUGCUCUACAAUACGGUGGGUCAAAUUUGGUGAAUACAAUGGAAACUUAUAGAAAAAUCAAUCAAUGGUCUUCAAAGAAAAACGAUUUAAUUGAAGGUGUUAAAAGAUUUUAUUCUAAUUCAUUUAUUGAUUCUACAAGACAGGACACAAUUAAUUUGUUUUUAGGAAAUUAUACAUUUGAAAAACUAGGUAGGAAAAUUUAUCUUUGGGAUUUAACCAAUGACUACUUUUUGCACAACAACUACUAUCUUGAUUUUCUUAAUAUAAGGGAUAAGAAAAUAAAUAUCAAUAAUUCUAAUUCUGUGAUAACAAACAAGAUCUCGUAUAAUUACUGGUGGAACUUUAAGAAUAUUCUUUAUUGGGAGAAUUUAAAAUAUCCACCAAUAAAAAUUGAUUCCCAAAUCGAUCUAGUGACUAAAUACAUACAGGAGAAUUACUAUAUUGAGAAAUUGAUUUCAUACCCUAAUGUCAGCUUAGAUAGCUAUUGGAAUGAGUAUUAUGUUCCAAAAGAACUCACAAGCUUCAAAUCGUUAUUUGAGUUUAACAUGAGAAGUUCGUUA